AGCCAGCUGCCGCCGGGCCGGGUGUGGGGAAGAUGUCCCAGUCCACCGCCACCGACGAGGGGGCCACGUUCGAGCACCUCUGGAGCUCUCUGGAGCCAGACAGCACCUACUUUGACCUUCCCCAGUCGAGCCGGGGGAGCCGUGAGGUGGUGGGUGGCACAGAGGCCAGCAUGGAUGUCUUCCACCUGCAGGGCAUGACCACAUCUGUCAUGUCCCAGUUCAAUUUGCUGAGCAGCACCAUGGACCAGAUGAGCAGCCGCGCGGCCUCGGCCAGCCCCUACACCCCGGAGCACGCCGCCAGCGUGCCCACCCACUCACCCUACGCGCAGCCCAGCUCCACCUUCGACACCAUGUCGCCGGCGCCGGUCAUCCCCUCCAACACCGACUACCCGGGCCCCCACCACUUUGAUGUCACCUUCCAGCAGUCGAGCACGGCCAAGUCGGCCACCUGGACGUACUCCCCGCUGUUGAAGAAACUCUACUGCCAAAUCGCCAAGACGUGCCCCAUCCAGAUCAAGGUGUCCACCCCGCCGCCCCCGGGCACCGCCAUCCGCGCCAUGCCCGUCUACAAGAAGGCGGAGCACGUGACGGAGGUCGUGAAGCGCUGCCCCAACCACGAGCUGGGGCGGGACCUCAAUGAAGGACAGUCUGCCCCAGCCAGCCACCUCAUCCGCGUGGAGGGCAACAACCUCUCACAGUACGUGGACGACCCUGUUACCGGCAGGCAGAGCGUCAUGGUACCCUACGAGCCCCCACAGGUGGGGACGGAAUUCACCACCAUCCUGUACAACUUCAUGUGCAACAGCAGCUGUGUGGGGGGCAUGAACCGGCGACCCAUCCUCAUCAUCAUCACCCUGGAGACCCGGGAUGGACAGGUGCUGGGCCGCCGGUCCUUUGAGGGCCGUAUCUGUGCCUGUCCUGGCCGAGACCGCAAAGCCGAUGAGGACCACUACCGCGAACAGCAGGCCCUGAACGAGAGUGCCGCCAAGAAUGCGGCCGCCGGCAAGCGUGCCUUCAAGCAGAGCCCCCCUGCCAUCCCUGCCCUGGGCACCAACGUGAAGAAGAGGCGGCACGGGGACGAGGACACGUACUACAUGCACGUGCGGGGCCGGGAGAACUUUGAGAUCCUGAUGAAGGUCAAGGAGAGUCUGGAGCUGAUGGAGCUGGUGCCCCAGCAGCUGGUCGACUCCUACCGGCAGCAGCAGCAGCAGCAGCAGCUCCUGCAGAGGCCGAGCCCCCUGCAGUCUCCGUCCUAUGGGCCUGUUCUCUCACCCAUGAACAAAGCACAUGGUGGCAUCAGCAAGCUGCCCUCGGUCAACCAGCUGGUGGGCCAGCCUCCCCCGCACAGCUCGGCGGCCGGGCCCAACCUGGGGCCCAUGGGCCCCGGGAUCCUCAACAACCACGGCCAUGCCCUGCCGGCCAACGGUGAGAUGAACGGCAGCCACAGCUCCCAGUCCAUGGUCUCGGGGUCCCACUGCACCCCACCACCCCCCUACCAUGCCGACCCCAGCCUGGUCAGUUUUUUAACAGGAUUGGGGUGUCCAAACUGCAUCGAGUAUUUCACCUCCCAAGGGUUACAGAACAUUUACCACCUGCAGAACCUAACGAUAGAGGACCUCGGGGCCCUGAAGAUCCCGGACCAGUACCGGAUGACCAUCUGGAGGGGUCUGCAGGACCUGAAGCAGGGCCACGACUACGGGGCGCAGCAGCUGAUCCGCUCCAGCAGCAACGCCUCCACCAUCUCCAUCGGCAGCUCCGGGGAGCUGCAGAGGCAGCGGGUCAUGGAGGCUGUGCACUUCCGCGUGCGCCACACCAUCACCAUCCCCAACCGCGGUGGUCCAGGCGGGGGCUCUGGGCCUGACGAGUGGGCAGACUUCGGUUUCGACCUCCCAGACUGCAAGUCCCGAAAACAGUCCAUCAAAGAGGAGUUCACGGAGAGCUAGAUCAACUGAGGGGGGUGGGGACAGCGCAGGCCGGGGGGCCCUGCCUGCUGGCUUCUGGAGGAGUCCACCUGACCUGGUGCACAGAGCAGAGCAUGAGCACUUGUGGCCUGGAGUCCCAAGAAGCCUUGCUUUAUCUCCUCCUUUUUGUCAGACUGCCCUGGGAGGCAGGACCUCUGGGUUGUACCCAGGAAAAGGCAAGGUCCAGCCCUGCAGCCUGCCUUCACCAGCCCCAGGAGAUGCCUCUGGCCAGCGCAGCCAGCCAGCCAGUGGGAAUGGCCCAUGAGGGUGCCUGGAGCUGCACUGAGGGCGUGCUCUGAGGGCCAGCAUCCUCUGGGAUGGGCCUCACUCCUUGGCCUAAUCUUUAGGGACUCUGCUGCUCCCAAGCGAGAUCCCUCGAAAUAAAGGGUCGCCUUUGCUGAUGGACUGCCAAAAAGUAUUUUUCAUUGUCUUUUGGGUCUGAGUAGCAAUGAGUGGCUCGUGAUUGUAUCCAAAACACAGUUCUUUUCCGGUCACUGCUCCAGACUGUGUCUCAGGAUGGGUCCCUCUGCUGGACUUGAGGGUCAGUCUAUUCCUCACACACUUGACCACUAGUUCAAACCCCACUGCAGCUACCUUCCACUUCCUGCCCAAAGUGAACAGCAGAGUUUCACUAGAAUUGGAGAAGACUGGAGAGGAGGUUACCAGGGGCACGGCCCUUCCCAGGAGGCGAGGAAGCUUCUGGUCAGUCGAUACAGCCAAAACCCAUGCCAACACUGCUGGCCACAGUCGCUGCUCUUCAGUGACCCUCUCAGCGUCAACAUGGACAGCAUGCUCCUCAGACUACUGGAAAUUGUCAAUAUUUGAUAAAAUCAUACCCUUUUCUA